CAAACUAAUUAGUCUUUGCUCUUAACAAUGAAAAGCGCAUCAUCGUCAGCUUUGCCAGUCUUCCUUCUUCCACUACUUUGUCUCCUUCUCCUCCUAGGCAACCAGAUUGAGAUUGUUUCUGCACAAAAUCAUGCCGAUCUUUGCAAAUUCGCAAAUAUACCUGAUGGCCAACUUGGUAAGGGUGCUCCCAAAUGCGCCGACAGCUUAUGCAACGACGCAUGCCAAAUCAAGUUUGGGAGUUUCAACCUGGGAUGGUGCGAUCGUCUCAUAGAUUGCUUGUGUUUCAAGCCUUGUAACAUGCGUUCGGAUUGAUUGGUUGAAACUUAUGAACCCUGAAAUGACUAGCUUAGCUGUAAUCUAGAAGCCCCAAAGGGUGAUAUAAACUCUUUUUUCCG